AUGUCGCUCAGGUUCUACAAGACGCCCGGUGCCGAGCGGCCAUGGCGUCCGCCGGUCAUGGAUGAGGACUGCCGAAGGUAUCGUCGCCGGACAAAAAGGAGCAACAAAUGGAUCCCGCCCAGGUUGGCUUUUGAGGAAAUAAUCAGGAACAACACGGCAUCGCCCUGCUCGUUGAACGACUUCAUGGACUACCUCGUCUACGUCGAGCAAGAUGCCGAACCGCUACAGUUCUUUCUCUGGUAUUGCGGUUAUGUUCAGACUUGGACUUCACUUUCGCCAGAGGAACGUGCUCUUGCGCCAAGCUGGGACCCGGACCGUGGCAAGAAGCUCACUUCGAAACAACGAAGGGCGAAGAACUCGAGCAAAGUGAGCAACAUCCUGGAGAUACUCGACGAGGAGAGCAACCAUACAAACACGGCUGCGUCGGGGAAACACAGCCGAGCUGAGUCUGCGGCGACCAACUUUUCUCGCCCGGGAGCAACUUACGCAAGGGGGAGUGAGAAGGAGGUGGAGGUGACAGUAUCUGAGCCUUCAAUGGCAUCUUCUCAACCUUUUCGCUCCGAUAUCACCACUAUCGUGAACCAUUACAUCAACCCUAACGCUCCGCGCCGGCUCAACCUCACCAAAGACGAUCGCAACGCCGUACUCACAGCGGCAGCCUCCACGACACAUCCCUCUGCCCUUCUCCCAGCUUUCGAGAAAGCCGAGGCCCUCCUCCGCGGAAAGCUGCACCCAAACUUCAUCCGCCACAACAUUUCCAACACGAACCCUAUCGCCACACAACUUCUCCGGUUCCUCGGCCUCAUCCUGUUCGUUCUCGGGAUCGGCCUUGAUAUCGCGCUGAUUCUCUCUUCCGUCUCGCGGUACUACCGUCUCCUCUCCGCGCCGUUGAUAUUCUCAGGUCUGGCGAUCUUGGUAGCUGCCCUAGAUGGUGUUUCUUUAUCCCUCCACCUCACGCACAGACGACACGUCCGGCCGUGGGAAGUACCCGAUCUGGAAUCUGGGACAGGGGCCGACAAGCGGCACCGUCGAGCCGCGACCUCCGAGAGCGUCUCCGGGGCGGUCGACCCGCUCCGCAAGCCGACGUUGCAGACCUUAGGCCCCGAGAACGUUUUUUUGAACGAGGAAUGGGUCGCCACGUACGAGAGCCGGUCGCUUUGGCGACGCGUGUUUGAGCGCAGCAUCGUCAGCCGAAACAAGUAUCUCCGCAUCCUUCAAGAUGGUGUUGUUGCAGGAGCGGCAUUAUGGGCUGCGGACGUGCUCUUGAAGUCCAAGACGCCAGCUCAUCCGGCUGUAGAACGCGGCUACGUAUCUGCGGAAGAGCUCCCAACGUCAAACCAUCCCCUCGGCAAGGAGGUCUGCGUGAACGCGGGGCAGUCCAUCGGCACCAUUACGGAAACGUUCAACACCCCUUGCCACCUUCGACCUUUCCCUUUCGAAUACGCCCAUGAUCUAUCUUUGAUCAAACUCAAAAGACCCGGUAACCAGGUGGACCUGCUCAAUAAGCAACAGCCCUUCGGGGUUCCGGUUAUCGAUGGGUGGGCCAGCGUUUCCGAUGUGCUCGAAGGCAAGCCGCUCUUCGUGACUUCACAAGAUACAUAUCCCCAACACGACGUAAGGAAAGCUCUUGCUGAGGGAACGCAGUAUCUUUGGGAUAGCGAGAAUCUCGAACAGUCGGUCAGUCUUAUGUGGAAAGUCGAAGAUAUCGCCGGUGUCUCUCAGGCAGCUUCAAGACUCCGCACUGGUGCUCGUCACUUCUCUGGGAUUAUUCUCUGCGUGGGCUGCCCCGCUGACAAGACUGCGAAGGCCAUCGCUUUUCAGAACUUCGAAAUACCCUGGCCAACACCCCCUGGAACCGCUGAUCCAGCUCAAAAGGAGAGGAAUAAGCCCAAAAUCGCCUGCGGUUUUCUGUUGCCCGCCUUCCUCACUCGUGAUUGCACCAUCGAAUACGAGAGAAACGACGAAGGCAGCGGCACCGAGUUAGCAUAA